AUGCAAACUUCUAGAGCUAAGAUCCAACCAUCCGAGUCAAAACCAGACCGUGUCACUGUCAUGACAAUGCUAACCAGGCCUGCUCUCGUUAAGCAUGUCCAAUUCACGGCUAGGCAGUUGAUGUACAGGGGUACAUCAAGCAGCUCUCUGCAAGUCCACCAUUUCUUUGAGCAUUGUGAAUACAUGGCUGAAAGAGGGUAUAUAUUGGUGGAGGUUAUCAGGCCAUAUAUAACGCGCCUGAGGAUUACACCCCUAGAAAUGGAGGAGAUAAAGAAUUUAUUUUACCCCUUGAACCCGCCAUGCCGUGUUCGCACACGGCCGAUGGAAGUGCUAUGUGUUGGGCCUUCUCGGAGUGGCACCUGGUCCCUUCGGACAGCAUUAAUACACCUUGGCUAUGUGCAUACCUACCAUGGAUAUGACGUUGUUAUGAAUCCCCCAGACGAUAAAGCAUGGUACCUCCUUCAUCGUCAGAGACUGAAGCACAAUGCAAGCCAUCCUAAUUCGGCACAGCUCUCUAUUACCGCUGCAGAUUUUGACAGAGUGGUGGGCCAUUGUGCCGCCAUGACGGACCAUGCUGCCGCGGUCUUCGCUGCUGAGCUUAUAGCAGCAUACCCCAAGGCAAAAGUUAUUCUGAACACAAGACGCGAUGUCAGAGCAUGGCAUAGGAGCGUGAAGAACACAAUUAUCGUGCACUCAAAGGACUGGAUGUUUUGGCUGAAAAGUUUCUUCCAUGCUGAGCUCUUCUGGGCCCAGCAAGGUUAUUAUCGAGGUACCCUGAACUGGUUUUACCGAGGCGAUUUUCAAAAAAAUUCCAUCAACGUUUUGAUGGAGCACUGCGAGCGGGUACGGAGUCUCGUACCCAAGGAUCAGCUGCUGGAAUGGGAUGUUGAGGACGGAUGGGAGCCACUGUGCAAGUUUCUCGGCAAGGAAAUCCCAGACAUUCCCUUUCCCAGGACCAACCUCCAUAUCGUUCUUCAAGAGGUGUGA